AUGUCCGGCACCAUUUCUCCUGGGCACCUGGGCAACUUGACAGUGGAACAGGAAGACAAGCUUCGUAAACUCUGGAGUGCAGUGUUCAGGGUAUGCGGCGUUGCUGGUGAGAACGAUACAGAUUCACUACCUGCGAACUAUGGAAAAUCGGAUGUUGAAUCCGAGGCUCCGAAGAAAAGGCGCGGUUUCAGUUUCUUUAGAAAUGUCUCCCAGCCGGGAUCGGCUCUCCCAAGCGGCAACAGCGCUACUGACUCAGCAGACGAAGACAAGUAUGGGUUGACCAAGCAGUAUCACGAAAUCUUAGCCAGCCAGAGGCCUGAGGAUAUCCGAGAGACUAUGUGGGCAAUGAUGAAGCACGAUCAUCCUGAUGCAUUGCUUUUACGCUUCCUGCGAGCUCGUAAGUGGGACGUGGAAAAAGCUCUGGUCAUGCUGAUAUCUGCCAUGAAUUGGAGACACAGCAAGAUGCAAGUUGACCCCGACAUCAUGUGGAACGGAGAGGCUGGUGCGGCUACUGAUGAGAAGGCCGGCAAUGAGAAGGCGAGGAAACUAGGUCACGAUUUUUUGAAGCAAAGCCGAAUGGGCAAAAGUUUCUUACACGGUACUGAUAAGGAAGGCCGGCCAAUUUGUGUGGUUAGAGUGCGUCUACACAAGGCCAGUGACCAAUCUCCCGAGAGCUUGGAGAGGUAUACGGUGUUUAUUAUCGAAACCGCGCGUCUGGCGCUGAAAGCACCCAUUGAUACAGCGAACAUCAUUUUUGAUAUGACUGGGUUUACUUUGGCAAAUAUGGACUAUCACCCCGUCAAGUUUAUGAUACAGUGCUUUGAAGCGAACUAUCCCGAGUCUCUCGGCGUCGUUCUCGUACAUAAUGCGCCGUGGGUGUUUCAAGGCAUCUGGAAGAUCAUACGUGGCUGGCUCGAUCCGGUGGUCGCUGCCAAGGUUCACUUCACCAACUACAGAGCCGGGCUUGAGGAAUUCAUCCAUGCGAAUCAGCUCAUUAAGGACCUUGAGGGCGACGAAGACUGGAAAUAUGAGUUUGAUGAGCCUACUGAAGGGGAAAAUGUUUUAAUGAAAGAUGUCCAGACCAGAGAUCGUCUGCUCAAAGAGCGAGAGGCCUUAUACGCGCACUAUGAGGCUGCAACUCGACGUUGGAUACAUCAUCCUGCUGGAGAAGAGGCUCAAACUGUUAAGGCAGAAAGGGAGGAGAUUGCGGCAAAGCUCAGAGAUGGUUACUGGAAACUAGACCCAUAUGUGCGAGCCCGGUCACUGUAUGAUAGGCAGGGUAUUAUCCGCCCGGGUGGUGAUGUGAACUGGUACCGCUACCAAACGAUGGAUUGCAAACCUGUUUCUUCCACUGAAGGCAACUCUGUUGUUGGUGAGACGAAUAGGGCAGCCAAUUGA